CACACACAUACACGCUGCCUCUGUCACACACCCUCACACCCAUACACCUUCACACUGUGCUGCCUCCUCACACACAUAUGUACACUCUCCCUCACACGUGUGCACAGAGGCUGAGAGGUGCCUUGUUCAGGAGACACACACUUCUUUCACACACACACACACACACACACACACACAUGGACACACAAUGGACUCAACAGAACCGGAUCGGACUACUGUCACCCGCCGGUGGAGACUCUCACAUGAGCAGCACAGCAUCUACCGGUGUGGGUGAACACAAGGGUGAUGCCAGGAGAGCUUGAACGACAGCAAGGGAACAAGCUGCACUCCGUCCAGCAGUGUCUGUCCGCAUCCCUCCAUCCCUUGUCCCAGCUUGCGGAGCUGAUACCUCAGGUCGGACGGUCCCCACUUCUUCUUCUACUUCUCAUGCUCUGACAUUGUUUCGGAUGGAGAAAUUUCACAGGUGAGGGACAAGAAGAAAAGCAGCUGCAGUGUGUCCCGACAGAGUCACUCCUGUUAUUUUGGAGAGUUGGUAUUUGGACGUUUUUCAUCCCACUGAGUCGGAUCGGGUUUCUGAUCUGCAGGACUGAGCGGGUUAAGAGGACUAAAUGUGAUUUUUGUUUGGGUCGGGUUUCACAAUGCGAAGAAUGGUUCCGUUGCUGAACCCUUUCGGACAGGAUUGAGUCAAACUUCCCAGGACCUCCAGGACGAGGGUGAGGGUACAGUCGGACUGGGACAGAGGCAUCGGGGCACACUGACUACAGCGCAUUCGUUUUUGGGUGGAUAAGACCAUGACUUGUCCCAACAGAGGAACAGUGACGUAUCAAAGCUUCACCUGAACCUGACUCCCAAGCAGAAAACAAACAACCAGAAGGACAUUUAAAGGCAAACGCUCAUCAGUCGAACUGUCAACGACGCAAGUUGCCUGUUUUGGGUGGGCCUUUGAGGGAUCCACCCUUCUUUCCUCCACCUCCUCAUCUUCCUCCCCUCCUCUCUCUUUUUCUGCCCUUCUCCCCGCCGCUUCGGUCCAUCCUCAGAAGCCCCCUCCUCAGCUUUGCACCCCUCCCUCAGCGGUGUCCCGUCGCCCUGGGUGAGCGGGCAGGGGGGUGGCCCACGGUACCCCCCGACACCUGGGCGCCACCGAGCCGCCAGCGACUGGUGAGGCGGCGGCAGGGUCAGCGCUGGGAAGAUGGCCGCUCUCGCCAGCUCCCUUAUUCGCCAGCGCAGGGAGGUCAAGGACCCCCAGGCAAACCGGCAGAUCGCCAGCAAGCGCAAACCCUGCCCCAAGAGCAACAAGUCGCUCUGCCAGAAGCAAAUCCUCAUAUUAAUAUCCAAGGUUCGACUAUGUGGCAGUCGAGGGAGAAAAAUGGAGAAAAGACCAGAGCCACAGCUGAAGGGCAUCGUCACGCGGCUCUACUGCCGACACGGCUUCUACCUCCAGAUGCUGCCGGAUGGCACCAUGGAAGGCACAAAGGACGAAAGCAGCUCCUUCUUGCAGUUCAACUUGAUUCCUGUGGGGCUCAGGAUAGUGGCCAUCCAGAGCACCAAGACAGGGCUCUAUGUUGCCAUGAACAGCGAGGGCUACCUCUACACUUCGGAGCACUUCACGCCGGAGUGUAAGUUUAAGGAGUGCGUGUUUGAGAACUACUACGUGACCUACUCGUCCAUCCUGUACAGACAGACCCAGUCGGGGCGGGCGUGGUAUAUCGGCAUCAACCGGGACGGUCAGGUCAUGAAGGGGAACCGCGUCAAGAAGACCAAGGGAGCCGCUCACUUCCUGCCCAAACUCAUUGAAGUGGCCAUGUACAGGGAGCCCUCUCUGCAUGACGUUGCUGAGCAGAGUCCGCCCAGGAAAACGCCCAAGACCUCCAGUGACUCGCCCGUGCUCCAGAACGGCAAGAAGGACCCUCAAUCCAAAACCAAAACCUCCUCCUCCUAGCGCUCAGAGACACAGGAGGGAGGAGGAGGAGAAGGAGGAGGAGGAGGUGGGAGCGGGGACAGAUGGACACGGGCACUGGGCACCAGCGGAAACCUGAAUAGGGUUGUUAGGGCUACUCCCGCCCCACCUCCCCCACCCCCCACCUGCUGCCUGCAACACUGACCCCCACAAAAACUCUUAUGUACCACAAGAAAAGGAGCAGGGUCUGGGCAGAGUGGAGCUGGCCAAUGAAAAGCCCCUUUUACCUUCACAGACCCCCCCCCCCCCCCCCCAUCCACACCAGCCCUUCACCGUCUUAUUAAAUAACCUCUGAGAUUAUCAGAGCCUGGGAUGUAAAAGCAAUAACUCCAUGAAGAGGUGAACAGUCGCCUAGCAUCGUAUAGCAUGUCACCCCAGCGUGUCUAACCAGCUGGAAGGAAAUCCCACACACCCUCUAAGAUAUCAUCAGUGACAUCCUUCCAGCCAGCCAAAUAUCUGAGCAAAGUCUUCCUGGUUUUACCACCAACAGGUGCAACGGUCAAAUCCGUCCCUCUGCAGCACAUACUUUACAAAUGGGUUGUGUUUUUAUUUCCCUGCGGGGGUUCCAUGCUAAUGUUAGCCUGACACAGAGCCAUGCAAAUGCGACGCCGCCACAGAGGCCCUCGCAGACUUUUGUUUUGCGGCCAUCUGCUCAGUCCACGUCUUGUGUGUGUGUCAGCGACUUUUUGUGAGAUGGCCUGGAUACUUGUCAGCCUUGUUGGUGUGUGUAUGUGUGUGUAUUUAUGUAUAUAUGUGUGUGUGUGUGCGCGUGCGUGCGUGCGUGCUCCCUUCUUCUCCCAUUCACCUUUGGCGUGGUUUGAUUAGUUUGUGACAUGGACUCAAUUUUCCACUCGGCGACACAAGAAAACCCCUCCCGUCCUCUCUGGCUCUGUUAAUGGAGUCUGGGGCUGAUCAGAAUCUUUCGACCCUUAAACGAGGGGCCAAGAGCUCCCUUGGCACCCUGCAUACUACACACACGCACACACACACACACACACAAGCGCACACACACUCAUUAUCACACUGACAUUUACACACAUGCGUGGCGGUGUGUGUACUGCUCGCACACACUUUAGCGCCCUGAUAUCCGUGGGCGACGACCGCAGAAAAUGAUCUUGGGGCUUAACACACUUAACACAAUGACAUGCAUUAACACACACACGCACACACACACACGCACACACACAUGCACGCACGCAUUUGGUUUGUGUGUGUGUGCACGUGUGCGUGUGUGUGCAGAUUUCUGGGAGAUGAUGAGGAUGUCAUCAGUGAGAUGGGGUACUGAUGGAGCCUGACUGUGUGGCUUGUGAUUGCGCUGCAAUAGCCUUUUUUUCCCCCACUGUUGCUGGCCACCUGAAGCCCACACGGUGUCUGCCGACCCGCGUCACUCUGUGUGGUGUUGUUGUCUAAAAAUAUACAGAAAAAAAUGUCUCCUAUUUACUCAUUGUUUGCUACCACAUAAUUAUUUUGGGCACAUAAUAACAGUUUCUGCAGAUUCAUCGCUACCCCAUCACUGUCUCCAAGCCAUAAAUAUUCUGUAUACUGUAUUUCUAUCACGGAUUUAAAGGGGCAGUCCACCUGUUUUUACAUGUCAAAGUUAAUUAUCAUGUCAUGGAGAUUACUACUCAGCCUGUGUAGUUUUUGAUUCAUUUGAUUUGUUACUGACUCUAAGGCUAAAACUGCACUUUUGCUGUGCUACAGCUGUGUCCCAAAUCCAUAUUACAUAAUAAUUCUGAACAGGUUUCAGUCAAGCUUUUGCAAACCGUAAGAUUUUCAAAAUAAAGCAAACUCAAAAGCAUCAAUAUGCUGACUAAAAACAUGCUUGAUUCUUCAGUGGGCUGCUAAUGUACACUCUUUUUCCCCACAAUGCAGUGCACAUAACGGAGGAGCAGCAACACGAUAAAACAAAUGUUGAAUGGUUGUGAAGCAGCUUUGUGAAGAUUCUUUAACCAAACAUUUUCAUGUGUAUAUGUGAAGUUCAAUUGUUCAUCCUGUCUUUGACGUGCUAACUUUAAAACAGUGUACCAAAAUAAUUAGUGUGUAGUAUGGAAUUGGGUAAGUCCUCCCACAGUUUUAAAAAAAAUCGAUGCAGCAGAACCAGAGAUGUCAUCUUUUUUUAAAUUCCUCUUUCAAUUCGACCAACAACAGUUUGGUUUGAGAUUUGGAUGUGUAAUGCUAGUAGCGACCAGCUGUUCGCCCUAGGCAGAGAUGAGGAGUGGGCUGCAGAGAUCUGCGACUCAACAAGUCCAGACAGAUCCAGUGUUUUUGGAGCUCGACUAAAACUCGAGACUAAAAGUCAGGAUAUCUCAGCCUCUGCUGCUCCGAUUUUAUCCGUCCCUUUUAAAAAUCUGUUCCCCAACUUUAUGGAAGUUUGAUUCUAUAUCACUGGAGUGCACUUUCCGUCACACAUUCACCUGUGUGACGGAAAGUGAUAAUUCCUACCGCUGGCAGCUGAGUAGCUCCACUGACACUUUUUUCUUAUUUUCUCGGAAAAAAAAAAUCCAACAGAAUUUUGUGAAUCUGUUUCUAAUUGUCAGCUCAUAAAUUAACAUGAAUUUCUUUGGUUAUGAUGCAAAAAGAAUUCAAGUCUUCUUUACCCGUCAUUUCACAAGUCCUCUUCUGUUAUGAGUUUGAUUUCUGUGACUGUUUUGUAAAGAGGAAAAAUAAGAAAACCAAAGUCAUGUAUAAAUAAUGAAAUUGGUAGCUGUAGUAUAAACUGUAAGUAGAAUGAUGGUUUAAAAAAAAAUGGAAAUGGAAGGAUAGAUGUGUGAUAUUUUUGCUUUGAUCACAUUUUUGUCAGUAUUUAUUUGGUAGAUUCUCCUGUUAAAGAAAGUAACUAAGAAAUUUUAAUAUUUCAUAUUCCAAUCUUCUCUUGCAGGAGAGCUUGUUUUGUGCUUUUCCAGUUGUUCUUUCCAUUCAAAGGGAAAAGCAAUCAUUUUUCAUAUCAAACUUUCAUGGAACAAUAUGCCAGGCAGGGUAAUUGUUUCCGCCUAAUGUUUAUGUAUAGGGAAGCGAGGGAGUCCCGUGUGUUCAGGAGGUAGAGGCGAGGACAGAUUGAUGAUCGGGGGCUCAGAGGAAGAGAGAGAGAAGGAUGAGGCAAAGAAAGGAAACCCGAAAAAGAGAGAGCUUUUUAGGGAGGAAAAUUUGUGAUGAUGAGCAGAACAAAAAGAGAUUUAAGAGGGAAUUAUGGUAAUGUGGACAGCGUUCCCUGAACACACACACUUCUCCCUCCAUGCAUAAUCCUCUGCGCCCCUGUAACUCGUGGUUGUAAAUAAUAAUAGCUGAUAACCCAUGCAGAAUAGAGGCGAGCUGCUGAGCAAAGUAAUCUGCAACCUGAGAUGAUGAAACAAACUUUACCUCUGCUUUCCUGAGGAGAAGCAAAUUUACUGAGGAAGGAAGGGGAGCGUGGUUAAGUGAUGACUCAAAGGAAAGGAAAAAAAACAGAGGAAAGGAACAAAGGAGGGAUGAAUAGGAUAAAAAAAAGAAGAGGAUUCAACAAAUAAACUAAAGGAGGGACUUGAAAAGCAACUUUCAGCUGAAAGAAUUGCAACCCAUUAGGGAGUUGCUCCCAUUAUUUUUAGAUUUAAUCAAAACAAGUUACUGUUAAAACCUCACUUGCAAACUAAAGACCUUAAUUAAACUGUUAAAUAGACCUUCAGGUUGGUGUGUUUGACCAGACGCCCCCUAUGGAUCGCUAAAUCCAGAACACAAUGUUUGACUAUUAUUCGCAAAGUAAUUACACAAAUGUUUAAUUAAAUGAGGCUCCUGCCUGCUAGAGUCGAAUUAAGAGCGUCUGGGACUAGAUGGAAAGAUACUGUUGGAUGGGAGGAGAAGAAGGGAGGAAUUACAGCAAACACACACAGCCAUGACUUCUGUUCCAUGACAAUAUAUUUUAAGGGCUGGGAAGUCUAUGUUGCAAUAUUUUCUUAUGUAUGUGUCAUAUUUGUUGUUUUGUUGUUGUUUGCAGAAUCGCAAGACAAAAAGCUGUUAGGGAGAGUUAAGGGCUAAUUUAGCUGAAGUAAUUAAUGUGGAUUUUAGAAAUGAUGAAAACGUGCUUUAAUUUAGAUAAAGUUCAGAUUACAGAUACAAUGCAUUGCAAUCACGCGCACAAGAGUAGUUAAAGGGCCACUCCUCUGAUUUUACACAUGAAGGAAAUACUAGACUGUUAAAAUGGUUGUAAAAUGUCUGUGGCUCUGGAGGACCUUCCUAAAGGUGCGUUCAGAAAGAAAGGGAAGCAGCAUGUGCAUCACACAUUGUUUAUGCAAAUAACCAUAGUGAUGUCAUCAAGGCUGUUUUUGGUUUUGGCUCGGAUGUACGUUUUCUUUACUGAAAGCCUGCAUUACACACUGUAGGUAUGGCGUGUAAGUGAGCAUUCAUGAGGCAAAGGGAGCCUUAUGUUAUUGAGUUCCAUUAAGGGAAAUGUUGGAUCAAGCGUUUUUGGAGUUUUGCCCGUACUACAGAUUUAAAGUCUGAACAUCUGAACCUCUGAUGCUUUUAUUUUGAAAAUUUCUUGAAAACCUUUUUUAAAAUGUGUCUCUCGUGAGUCCCCCAACUGUAUGGAAGUGCAAUACUAAAUUGUUGGAGUGGCCCUUUAACCCUCAAAAUCAAUGCAGUAUUAUAUUCUCUUAGUGCAAAUGCCUGUACAGAUGCAAAAAAAAAAAAAAAAAAAUAGCACAUGGUAGAUUUGUAGAGAGGAGGACAUGAAUUUAGAUUUUUUUUUUUUGUGUGGUUACAAUCAUCUCAUUUCCUGCCUCAAACUCUGAGUUAAAAAGACUUCUCUGCAUUCAAGUGACUUUAAAGAAACGAGAGCCACGAUUUUAUUAAAUCAAGCCAUCAGGAGCGCCGCUCAAUUCCAGUGACUGAGCGGCGGCGCACACUGACAUCUAGUGAGCGAUGGAUUCAUAUCUCGCUAUCGAGAUAUUCAUACUAUGUGUGGACUCAGCGAUUAAAAUGCAGUCCGUCACAAAUGAUCCAUCAGCCACUUAAAGUUGCAUCAGUCAUCAGUAUCUCACUUUUCCACUGUGGGAAUAUGCAGAUAAAUUAGCUUUUUAAUACAGUUUGUAGACUGUUAUUGGAAUUCACCCUCAUAUUCAACCAGGAUUCAUCAUGUGUUUGUGGCAUUUAAAAUUAUUGUUCCUGCACAUAAUUUUUCGAGUAAUCUUAUAAAUAGUCGCCUAUUUUUUCAGUGACAUCUAUAAUAUAAUUACUGUAUUUUUUUUGCAAAAGCUGUAACAGAUAUUAUCUUUUGUAAAUCUGAUUGAUCAUAGAUGUAACAUAUUGUUCUUUGAUUAUUUCAAAUGUGUUUUUCCCGAUCUGUUUGCAGUGUCAAUGAUUUCACUUUUAAGGUUGCAGAAAGGUAGAACUACUGUGCGUGGAUAGUUUGCAUGAUUGCACGAGUGUGUGUGUGUGUGUGUGUGGGGGGGGGGGUUGUGUCACAGACUUGUGUGUGUUUUGCUGUGUUCACACACUCCCUUUUUUUUUCUCUGCUGUAAGUCCUUUGUGGAGUCUGAAAUCAGCUUCUCUGUUCCAGCCUGUCUGCUCUCCGGCCUUCAGGCUUCACUUCAAACGAUUCUGUGUGAAUUACAGGAUGUAAAGAUUGCCAUUUAUCUCUGUGGCUGUCUAUCUGAGCACAUGUUUGAUUAGUGAAACCCCCCCCUCCCCAUGGCUGAAUUUACUGCUUUUAACUCUCUGAUGAAUGUCUCUGGAUUCGGCUCUAAAUGUUAAAUAUUGGCCCUCUGGAGAGCUCGCCGUCGCCGUUCCUUUAGAGUAUAUGAAAAAAGAUGAGAGAGGUGUGAACGUGUGUGUGUGUGUGUGUGUGUGUGUGUGUGUGUGCAUGGAUAUCCAAGGAGGUUAAAUGAUGUAUAUCUGAUUCAGCUGCACGCUUCACACAUCACACACACACACACACACACACACACACACACACUUCCCUCCCCGGGGACUCCCUUCCCUCCCAUUUCUCCCGAGUCAGGGCCCUCCCUGCUUACUGAGCGAAUUACAACUGCAGAGAGGGUCAUCCAGGGUUGUGAAGGACUCAGAGAGAGAGUGAGAAAGAGAGAGCGAGAGAGUGAAAGGCAUGUGUCACAUACCGUAGUGUAGCUAACUCGUACGCUCACAGCCUCCCUUUGAAGUUUCACUUCCUCUCUGCGAUCACUUUUGCAAACACAACUUCCCUUUAACCUGGAGGCAGUAUGUAUGUGCAUGUGUAUGUGCAUAUAUACGUGUGUGUGUGUCUGUGUGUGUGUGUGCGGUGCCUGCUCACACUCAUACAUCACACUCAUCAGCUUUGGUCUUUGUGUGUAAUCGUUGCGUAACUGUGAUUGAAUAUCUGUGUAUAUCCAUUAUGUGUAUCCAAGAAGAGAGGGAAUAAAAUACGGAGAGAAAGGGAGAGAGGAAAAUAGAGGAUAAAUCAGAGGCCAAAUCAAUGAGCACGCGUCCUUGGGCAGAAAGCAAUAAACUCCAUUAACAAGGUGCAGCCACAUUAUCAGGAAGGGUGUGGGGAAAAAAAGGAUUAAUAUUGAUAUAGAAACCAACUGCGUGUUUUAUUAGAGCUUUUAUUUUUCUAACACUUUGCCCUUUUUGUGAGCUGGGUUUGCUGUUUAAGUGUGUGUGUGCGUGUGUAUGUGUGUGUGUGUGUGUCUGUAUUACUUUGAGGUGGAGUCCCUUCACCACAUCUGCAAUGCAGCAGAAAACACAAAAAAGAGAGGGAGGAAGAGCGAGGCUCACGUGCUCCGACAAAAGAGUGACGCCGUCCUCGGACGGAUUUUCUCUCUCUCUCUCUCUCUCUCUCUCUCUCUUUUUUUUAUUUUAUUUUUUUUUAUUAGCUGCUUCAUAAAAGAAAAAAAAAAAGUGGUUAUAUAUUGGAAUCCAGAGCUCCAGCAUCUAAUGUCACAUCCUGUAUAGCAUUAACCAACAGACUAACUUCAUGUAUAAAAAAAAAUCAGGCUGUGUUUUUAAAGGCACACCCACAAUCCCUGGACACAUCUGCAUUGCACACAGCACCCUGCACCAAGCCGGCGCAGAUGUGGCUAACUGGGGUGACCUUUACAAACAGAUCAUGGAGGGACUUCACCUCUUACAAGCUAAUGCACCACCAAUGUUUUAGAGGUGACUUUACAAUGUAAACUAUACUAAACAAUGUAUUUAUUUACCCCCCCUUUUUUUUUCAAGUGUACUUUGUUUAAAAGAGUAUGGAUUGUGUUAUGGGUCUUUCUCAGUGGAAGUACUGUGACUUGUAAUGAAGUGAUAUGAGGAAAUCUAAGUAUUGGUAUCCAUUGUAAUGCCCUUUAUGAAUCACUGUUAGUCUGUUCACGUGUGUUUGUUGAUUUGAUGUGUUUAUUUUGCUGUUUAAAUGCAUAUCUGUGUCUGUUCUCCUAUGACGUGAUGUGGGAUAUUGAACAAAAAGGCUCAAUCUAAAGUACGCCGGGACUGAAGGGUUUCAAACCUCUUCCUCCUGAUCCCCCAGAUUCCUCCAGCACUCACCUGUCAAUCAAAGAUCUGACUGAACUGACUGACCUCCGACCUUUGAUCUCUUAAGGGGAUUUUAAUUGGCUCACCGGCAGCAUCAUGUGGACUGCUCAUUCGUCGUCUGUCUCGCACACAAACACAUCUUCUACCUGUGUGUGUGAUUCUGUGAUCAAUCCUCCAAGGAUUUUUUGACCUUUUUUUUUUCUUUUUUCUUUGUACUGCAUGGACGAUCCAACUUAUUGUGACAAAGUCUUCCAGAAAAGAUUUUAAGGAGAUCACCAUAAUCUUACUUUCCUUCCUGUCUUCCAAAUGCAAAAAGAGUGCUUCAGUCUUCCAGCUAUCAAAGCCACAAUGACACUAUUUUUGUAUUCAAAUGGGGCAAAAAAAUAUAUCUAUAUAUCUCUACAUAUAAAUAUAUCCAUGCAAAUGUGGUUGGGGUGCAAUAACUCCCCCUGUUGCUGGCAAGGAAUAACACGACAAAACGCCAUCCAAUCCCAUGGAUCACCUGGAGAAAUGAGCUGAGAGGGACUACGGAGAGCCGUGGGGCUUGCAGUUUGAAACUCCUGGGUUGAGGUAAAGGAUCACAGAUGGGCGGGACUACAAGCAUGCAUGCGCCAAUCAUUUACUGGACACCUUCAAAGAAACAGUCCUUACCCAAUAUUUACUCUUUAACCCCUUUAACCCCUUAACCCCCACCCCCCCAACACUCUAUUAUCCCAAACUCUUGUCUCUGCAUUUGCAAUAUGAUCUGUAUUUAUUUCUAUAAUAACUUACACAAAGUCAACGGAGACAUAUUAUUGGAUAUAAUUGAAUAAAACAAACUAAUAUAUUUGUAUGAUUGUAACGCUGGUCUCCUGAGAGUUUUCUUGGGUGUUUUGAUGUAAUUCCUGCGACAUACAACUUCUUGUACAUUUUUACAUUUAAAGGUCCAUAUUUUACACUUUUCCUGUGUUUCAUUUGAAGUGUUGAUCCAUAAGAAGACAUAUUUGUGGUUUUAAGCACCAGAAAGCAUCUCAGUGUAGAUUUACAUCUCCUCUCAGGUUUCUCUCUGGAGCUCUAAUAACAACAGGUCAGUGUGCCAAUCUAUUUUAGCCUUUUUUUUCAUAUUUUGGUAAA